UCGGUGCGCGGUGGCUUGUGGCCUCGGCGGGAUCGCCUGCGGUGGGACGGCGAGGAGUCGGCGGUGGUUCUUAACGGUGGUUCUUAACGAUGUCCAAGUCUUCAACAGCACCUCAACACCUUGACAGGAUGUCAUCUCAACAGGAGAUCCUGAGUGAUGGGCGGUUUAGCCGCAUUGCUAGGGAUCCCAUGUUUUGGGAGAUGCCCGAAAAAGAACGUAAAGUCAAGAUUGACAAACGAUUCCGAGCUAUGUUUCAUGACAAGAAGUUCAAGAUGAAAUAUACAGUUGAUAAAAGAGGUCGCCCUGUUAACUAUAGUACUACAGAGGACCUCAGGAAAUUCUAUGCCCUCUCAGAAUCUGACUCUGAUCUUUCAGAAAAUGAUAGUAAAGAACACACUGAAAAGAAAAGAAAGAAUAAAAAAGUUCAACCUAAAAGAGAAGCUGAUUCUGCAAAAAAACAUGUUGAUGGCCUCACUAGGGACAACAGCAAAAUGAAGAAACAAGGGGUGGACCAAACACAUGAAGUGGUGGCAGAAGUAGAUGACCUUAAAAAUGAAGGACAAAAACUUAAAUCUCAAUUCAACUUGAAAGAAGACUCUAAGAAAACUGCAGCAGAAAUUGAUCGUUCUCAGGGAAAUAAAGGGGUUUCACACAAAGGGGAAAACAAGCAAGGAGAUGUAUCAGGUGAAAGAUCGUUUUCCGUUCAAACCAAGGAAAAGUCUUCACAACCAAGUGGUAGGAAAUCAGUUAAAGCUCUCAGGAAGGACCAUUCCCUAGAAGGAAACAUAGAAGAAUCAGUGACUGUGUGCACAGACACCUCUGAUCAAAGUGACAGUACAAGCCAGUCUGAGGAAGACAUUUCUGCAAGUGAUGCUUCUGAAUAUGCAGAAUCAGAAGAAGAGAAGCCAGAACACGAUGGGGAAAUCGGUGAGGAAGAGGAGUCAGACGAUAAUGGGGAAACAGACCAAGAAGAUAGUGAUUCAGAAGAUGAUGAAGAAAGUGGCCAUGAGCUUGAUUUAGCUAGAGGCAUAGGGAACAUUGAAACAAGCUCAGAUGAUGACGAAGAUUUAAAUGAUGUAUUUCCAAAGGAGCCAGAGAUAGAGCACUCAUGGCGAGAGCUAGAUAAAGAUGCCCCUCGUGGAGAUGAGGUUACAAGUAGAUUGGCAGUUUGUAAUAUGGAUUGGGAUAGGCUGAAGGCUAAGGAUUUGCUGGCUUUGUUUAGUUCUUUCACACCCAAAGAAGGAACAGUAUUUUCUGUAAAGAUUUAUCCUUCGGAGUUUGGAAAAGAGAGGCUGAAAGAAGAAGAACAAAAAGGACCUGUAGAACUCUUCGAUAUUCCAGAGAAUACCACAGAGAAUGAUGGGCUGUAUAGGGAAAAGCUGCGGGAGUAUCAAUUUAAGCGACUGAAAUACUACUAUGCAGUUGUGGAAUGUGAUUCUCCUGAAACAGCCAAUAAAAUUUAUGAGGAAUGUGAUGGACUGGAAUUUGAAAGUAGCUGUUCUUUUAUCGACCUGAGAUUUAUUCCAGAUAAUGUAACAUUUGAUGAUAAGCCAAAAGACGAAGCAUCAGAAGUGAACAUAGCUGCAUAUAAGCCAAAGUACUUCACAUCUGCUGCUAUGGGAACAUCAAAGGUAGAUAUCACAUGGGAUGAGACAGAUCAUGAUCGAGUAACAUCACUUAACAGAACUUUUAACAAAGAGGAACUUCUUGACAUGGAUUUUCAAGCUUAUUUGGCUUCAUCUAGUGAAGAAGAGGAAGAACAGGAGCAAGAUGAUGAUGAUGUAGCUCAUAAAAUGGAAGAUGAUAAACCCAGGAAAAGCCAAAAAGAUGAUGAUGAGCAAAUUGCCAAGUACAGAGAACUUCUGCAAAGUAUCCAAGAAAAAGAGAAAAAACAGGAAGAAAAGGACAUAGGAAUGGAGGUUAAAUGGGUUCCAGGCCUCAAAGAAACUGCUGAAGAAAUGGUCAAAAACAAGUUGGAAGGAAAGGAUAACCUAACUCCGUGGCAAAAAUAUCUAGAGAAGAAGAAGGAAAAAAGAAUGCUCAAGAAAAAGAAAAAGGCUGUUGCUGAGAGAGAACAGAGCGAAGAUGAACUUCCACCCGAUGUUGAUCUCAAUGACCCCUAUUUUGCUGAAGAACUGAAGAAAACUGGUUUAAAGAAGAAGCCAGAAUCAGUUGAAAGUACCUCAGAAGAUGAAGAUGAAGUUGAAAAACAGAAGGCUGAAAUGGCCCUGCUUAUGAUGGACGAUGAGGAUGAUACCAGAAAACAUUUCAAUUACAAAAAGAUUGUAGAACAACAAAAUUUGAGCAAGAAGAAAAAGAAACUCCUAAUGAAAAGGAAAGAAUUACUAGAAGAUGAUUUCCAGAUAAACAUCGCUGAUGCAAGGUUCCAAGCCAUGUUCACUUCUCCCCUGUUUAAUCUGGAUCCUUCAGACCCAAAUUUCAAGAAGACAAAAGCAGUAGAAAAGAUCUUGGAAGAAAAAGCUCGCCGAAGAGAAGAAAAGGAACAAAAUGUUAAGAAGGCAAGCAAGGAUCAAGAGAACAAGGCAAAGAAAGGAGAGGUUGCCAAGAAAGCCAUAGAUCCGGCUCUAUCAAUGCUAAUAAAAUCUGUCAAAAAUAAAACCGAAGAAUUUCAGGCAAGGAAAAAGCAGAAAUUAAAAUAACUGAACUUUUGUUUUCACUCAGAUAUUAACUAACUCUCAGUUCUUUCAAUUGGUGACAUCUGUUGGAAGUUACUAAAGCUUGCUUUGGUUCCUAUCAAUCUACAACAACCCCAAAAAUCUCUCAAUUAUGGUGGUGAGUUUUUUGAGUGAGGUAAUAAUCACUCUUUUUCUGCUACAACAAAUACUGAUUUAUACUAUUAUUAAAAAUGUACACCUUCAAAACAUGUAGGUAAGGAACUGACGGUUUGGGGGCAUUCUGUUCUGUAUCAUGCCACCUGUUAGAGAUCACAGAAGUGCUGAAGAUGGCUAGCAAAAGUAGUCGGAAUUAUGGUUGUAUUUAUAAAUAAGAAAAACACUUCUGCAGAGGUUUAUUGCUGAGACUGUGAGGGGGUUUAAUGUUUUUAGUUCCACAAAAAGUCAUCUCUGUUACUAAAGAAGAUAGUAAUACAGCUAAAAAUGGAACAAAAUGUUGGAUACGUGGCUUUUUUGGAUUUUUAAAAGUUCACCUAUGUGUUUCAUCAUUUUCUCCUCUAAGUACUUGAAGACUUCCUGGAUAAUAGAGCUGAUUAAUUGAAAUGCUGCCAUUUAGAAGUGUUUCAUUAAUAUGCAUAGAAAAUAAAUGACUUCAUUUUGCCUAAAGGGAUUUUGGUCACUGAGAUGUGCACCUAAACUAUGUCAAAAAAUUUAAAGUUUUUACUAUUAAUCCUGUAUUCUUCCCAAUAUAGUUACACUUAUGCAGUGCCUUUCAGCAGGGCAAGUGGAAACAUAAAUAAAUAAACAAACAAACAAGAAAGAAACAAAGAUGGACAAGUCAAAGGCAUAUCUAGACACUUCAAGUGGCAUUAGUGUCUGUGAUUAAAAUAUCAAUGGUGCAAGGAAAAUACAGUAGGUAGAAAAUUAUCUACACUAGAGUGUGAGGAUUGAUUUGCCUUGAAGUUUUGGGCUGGAGCCCCAGUCCCACUCCCAGCCUCAUCCCAAGCCCAAACCUACCCACCCAAGUCUCAGCCCUUCCCACCCCAGCUGUCACCCAGUUCCAGUGCUACCUUCUGCCCAGCCCUGUGUUUGCUCUGUCAGCUCCUAUGGAAAUACAAGUUUGUAUCAGAAGAGAAUGAAGACUUUAGAAGUGGAACUUCGAGGUAAAUUGCAGUUUUAAAGAAGUAUUAAUUUCUGUGAUAUUCUAACUUAAGCAAAACCUUCUAUGAAAACAGGAGUUAGAAACUACAGAUAAUCAAAACGAGUGGCUUUGUGAAGUAUCUGUAUCUCAGUAUGUAAAGGGGAUGCUGAGACAGAGUUAGCACAUGAGAGGCUGUUUACCUAACGGUCAAAAUGUACAGUCCUUAAGUGAUACAACAUAGCAAUAGAGGUGGAGAUGGGUUUUGAAAGACCUCUUUGCAACCAUGUGCCUGAGGAAUACUCAAGGACUUUAAACAUUUUAAAUGUAAGCAAUUGCUCUUUAUAAUAAUUUGAACAUCAGAUUUAAUUUCCAAGCAGCUAACAGAAAAAAACGAGAUACUAUAGUCUUCUGUACAUAACUGAUCUGCCUUCUGUGGCUUCUUAGCCUUUCAAGCAACAUAGCAGUACCCAGCAAACCCAUGUUUGUAGUUUGAACUGACCAGCUGUGAUAGAGAACGAGGAGAACUUAUACCUGGAAGUCAUGGCAAAACAAAACACAGAAAUAGGAAGGCAGACUUUGACAGGGCUUUCAACUCUUGGCUGAAAAAAAUAUUUGCUUUGUGGUAAUGUGUAUUUGGUAUCAUGUGAAUCCUUAAUGCAUCAUAAUUGUAUCUAAUCAAAUGUUCUUUUUGGUAUUGAUGAUUUGUUCUCAAGUUGCUGAGUCCUGAGGGGACAUUUUGAUGGGGAAGAACUGUAGGAUCUGUCCCAGCACACAUCUUGGACAGAAAGCUUUUAGUUUUAUUUAUAAACAAUCAGAUCUAAAUCCUCUUUUUUUUCCCCUUUCCUUCCUUAAAAAAAAAAACGAGUUAUUAAUCACUAAUUCUAAUAGCUCAAAGCCCAUCAUUUAAUCUCCAUACUUUCAGAACAAUGCUAACAAAAUCUGAAGUGAUUUCUUUUCUGUGUUUCCAGCAGAAGCAUAUUUAGGAAGUCUGAUAAAUGGUCUUUUCCAGACUAGCAUUCCUUGCAAUUGAUUGCCUUUGGUGUAAACAAGGGUGACCUUUUUGACCACUUCAUCCUUUCAAAUAUGAAAAUGUGAUCUAGAAUUUCUAACAUCUGAACUUCAAAAUGUGAUUUUGUUUUUCCCUUUCACUAAAUGUCAUCUAAGCAGCAAAAGUGAUGGCAAUUGUAUAAAAUAAUACAUUAAAAAUUGGACCUGUAAAAAGUGA